AUGUACACACAGAAGCUCACUUGCUUUCUCUUUCACUGCUCUAUAUCCUGUCUUUUCCUGACAGGACAUUGGCUGUCUUCUGGACUUUCUUUGUAUUUUCUUGUUUGACCCACCUGAGAGGUUAAACAGAGUCUUAACCUUCUAUUCCCUCACCCUCUCGGUUCUCCUGUUACUCCUGUUGGGAUUUUUCUUGCUUUUUUUUUUCUCCGUCUGAUUGCCUGCUCUCCUGUCUGCGCACACCUUCCUUUUCCCCCUGCUUUCCUUUUCCUCCCAUCUUCCACUGUUCCCUCUCUCCUUGUGCGUGGUUUUUGGGCUAUGCUCUCCUCACCCACUGUGAUUCUCCAGCCUUAUGGACUGCCUGUCUACCCACAGACAACCACAUGCUACCCCAGCAUAGUUCAGGGAGGCCCCACCCAGGAGGCCGGCCCAGGCAGCGGCGAUCCUGCCCUACCUCAGGUCUACGCCCCGCCUCCCUCUUACCCCCCACCAGGUCAAGGUCCGCCAUCAUCUGCGGGCAGACUGCCACCUCUUGACUUUAGCUCUGCACAUCCCAGUUCAGAGUACCCCGAACAUCCCCAGCUCAGAGUCUAUCAGGGCCCUCAGCACGAGGGGGCAGAGACUCUGACAUCCAGUACAACGGAGGAUGCUUUGGCCCCUGUGACCUCUGACCCCCAGUCUCUGAGCGUGUCUGUGUCAUCAGGAGGUGGGUCAGGAAGUGGAAGCGAGGAGGAGGGGUCAGGUAAGGCCCAACCAAAACGCCUCCACGUCUCCAACAUCCCGUUCCGUUUCAGAGACCCAGACCUCCGCCAGAUGUUUGGGCAAUUUGGCAAGAUCCUUGACGUAGAAAUCAUCUUCAAUGAGAGGGGGUCCAAGGGCUUCGGAUUCGUCACCUUCGAGAGUGCAACUGAGGCUGACCGAGCAAGAGAAAAGCUGAACGGGACAAUCGUGGAGGGGAGAAAGAUUGAGGUAAAUAAUGCAACUGCAAGAGUAGUCACCAAGAAGCCUCAGACGCCUCUUGUGAAUGGUGACAUUUCAACUUCUGGGUGGAAGAUCAACCCUGUCAUGGGAGCAAUGUAUGCACCUGAGCUCUAUACAGUGGCCAGUUUCCCAUACCCUGUAGCGACUCCCACCUUGGCCUACCGGGGCUCUGCUUUGCGUGGUCGAGGUCGAGCCGUCUACAACACCAUUCGCUCUGCUGCAGCCACUCCUGCUGCUGUGCCCGCCUACCCCGGGGUUGUAUAUCAAGAUGGACUGUAUGGAGCAGAAGUCUAUGGUGGCUAUCCAGCAGCUUACAGAGUGGCUCAGUCAGCAUCGGCUGCUACAGCAACCUACAGUGAUGGAUACGGACGGGUGUACGCCACAGCUGCAGACCCCUAUCACCACUCAGUUGGACCAACGACGACAUAUGGAGUUGGUACAAUGGCCAGUUUGUACAGAGGAGGAUACAACCGCUUCACCCCAUACUGAGUCACCCAGCAGGGUGAGAGGGGGGAGAAGUCGUUUCUCUUGAACUCCGGGAUUGGCUGAUCCAUGGAUGCUGCAGGACAGGUUAUGAGAUCCUUAAAUCUUGGAAAUGUGGAAAUGGUUUUACUUCCUGUCUGCGUCGCAACCUCUCCUCGAGAGACUAAACUGACUGAAGCUGUAAAUACUGUAGGACCCAUUUGCUGUCCAUUCUACUGAAGAAUACUUAGCACACGGAAGAGGAUGUUAUGUAAUAUAUUUAGACAGUUGCUUAAAGCCUUUAACAGAUUAUUGUUUUCAGAAUUUAAAGCGUAUCAGUGUCGGCUAACAGGACAGGAGGUGAAAAAUACUGUGAGAAUGAUUUUUGUGAUUCACAUCUGGGAUUUUUCAAGUUUUCACGGGUCAAGCUGUACAAAAAAAAGAACAUUUUGUACAAUUUUAAAUGACUUAUUUUCGAUGACUAUUAUUUACGAAAUCUGUGUUUGAGUGUGUGUGUGUGUGUGUGUGUGUGUUGGUGUGUGUGUGUGUGUGUGUACGUGUGUGAGCAUAUGAGUGAGGUAAUGCAUUGUACCCAGAGACAGCUGUGACACUGGUAUCAUUAUUACAAACGUUUGUCUGGAUGUAGUUGGAAUUUCAUUUGUUUUGUUUUGUGUUUUUUUUUUUGCCUUUUCUAACAAUCUACCUCUCAUACAUUUUUAGCUUUUCAUACAGCUGUCAUUACUGAUCCUGUAUUGUUUUCUGUCUCUGAUCUUUAAUUCUGCAUAGCUUUCUUUCCCUUUCCAGAAAUCCUAACUAACAUAGUCGAGUUUCUGUUUCUGUGGCUCUGUACCUCACUACCCAAUGAGCCUGAUGCUUAUCCAACGCUUCCUGUUAUUUUUCCUUUUCUUUUUCUUGUACUCGCCCAGGGAAGUUUGAUUUUUACCGAGCUGCUUUAAACCCUGUUUUGCUCACAUAGUUAAGCACUCUCACAGCUGGGAAUUGCAGUCAGGAGCUGUCUUUUGUUGUUGGCUUUACAACACAAACUGAGGAUUAAAGGCCUUGCUUAAACGCCCCCAUCAGUAGAAUGUAAAUGAUUCUGCUGUCAGUGCAAGAUAACAGCCCACUGUGCAAGAAUUCAAUUAUCCUAUUCUAUUCUUCAUCUAAUGUUUCCUGAUUUCACCCUUUCCCGUCACAUUUUCCUGUAUUUUCUCUGUUCUCUCAUCAGAACUGCUGAAUGACGCCUUGACGUGUGUUGAUUAUUUCUUCUUGGCCUUGUCUUUGUGCCUGUUGCACUCGCCGAGCUUGAUGUUUACCUCUGAAUAAAACUGUUGUCUCUC